AUGGAUGAAGACAGCAAGACGGCUGGAGGGUCUGCGAAGACCAGCAGCGCUGGCGUUCCUGCUGCUGCGUCUGCAGCAGCAGCAGCUGCUGCAGAUGACUGGGAGGUGCCCGACAGAGCAGCUGGGGUUGCCCGCAACAUGAUGCUGAUGCCUCUAAGGACUCGCCGGACCUGCGUCUUCAUGGGUGAGGAGCAUGAGGCGGCCAUGCUUGAGGGUUCCUCUGAUCAGAGCUGCGGCGCGCCCUCGGAGGAAGGAAGCGCAGAGUCGCAGCUGGACAUUGCCCUUCUUCCUGCGUCUGCGCUGCCGGCCACCUCCCCGGGUGUACGUACACCUGAAGGCUCUGGCGUUUUGCACGAAAGAGCCUUGGGAGCCAACGCCACAUGUGUUGCUUACGCUGUCAAGCCGGGGGUGGUUCGCGUGUUGCUGCUGCCCAGCCCCCCGCCGGAAGCGGCUUCCCCGCGCUCUGCAGUUCAGAUUUCUCUGUGUCAGGAGAAGCCCAACUUGCUGCUGCUGACGGACAACUAUGGCCUCAUUGUCCUUUACAAGAAAAAGGCAGACACAACUUCCCCACAGGGGCCCCAGGGGCCCCACCCCCCUGCAGAAGCAGAGGGGGCCCCGUCGCCCUCCCCAGCGGGCGGGCCCGGGCACGCAGCCGACAGCGCGGAGCCUUUUGUGCAGCUGCAGCUGGACCUGCAGCAGCACGGGCCUUUGCUGGACGCUUUCUGGCUGCCCCCGCUGCAGCAGCAGCAGGAACUGCAGCAGGAGGGGCCAGGGGCUGCGGCAGCAGAAGCAGAAAAGACAGAGGGUGGCUGCUUCUUCGUGACAGUGCAGCGCCACAGAGUUGCUGUGUGGUCUUUGCCUUUGCUCCGUAUCCUUGGGGUCACACUUAGACGAGAACUGCAGACAGAGCCCCUGACAGUGGGUGCAGAGGAGGCGGAGGCUGCGGACUGCUGCUGCUGUGUGUUGCCACUUGAGGAAGCACUAGCAGCACAGGCUGCACAUGACCCUUUCAGUGUAGGCAGCAGCAGAGAGAGACCAGUAGUUUGCUCCGUUUGCUGCGCUUCAAGAGAGGGCUCCUUACUAGUUGGCCUUGGGGGGAAAGUUGUGACAGCGUGGCACCUCAAGGUGCACCAAAACGGCCUUCGGGGCGCCACGCUUCUCGGUGCUGUGCAGCUGCCAGCGGGGCCUGAUGAGGCUGCUGCGCCUGCAGAAUCUGCUGCAGCUGCGGCCCAGCAGCAGCAGCAGCAAGCUGCAGCAAACACCAAUCCUUUUUUCUCGUAUUUUGGCUCUCUUGACCCGACGAGCAUCAUCAUGCGCAACAAAGAGCAGCAGCAGCAGGAGCAGCAGCACAAGCAGAAGCAGCAGGACAAAGUGGCGGACCACUUCCAGCUGCUAGUUGUUUACGUCAAAGGACCCGCAACUACUACAGAGUCCACGCCGCAUUUGGUGGUUUGCUCAAAGGCUUCAUUUUACGCGCAAAUAUUCCCUAUUUACAUCAGAGAGCUGCUGCAGCAGCAGCGGCACCACCAGCAGCAGCAGCGGCAUUCUCUUCUAGGGCCGUGCCAGCAGACGCUGUGCUUCGGCUCGCCUAAGGAUAUUGCCGCCACCCACAGCAGCAGCAGCAGCAGCAGCAGUAGCAGCAGCAGCAGCAGCAGCGUUUUAGACCUUCGCGCCUGGCCGAUGACGGACUUCACGCAGCGCUUUCUUGUCGUCGGCAUUGUAAAGAAGCAGCAGGAGGGAACUCGUUCUUAUCUUUGUGUAUUUGACACGCAGCAGCACAAACAAAACCAGCAGCAGCAGCUGCUGCCGCUUUCUAGCGUGCUGCUGAUACGGCUGCAGAUACCCCUCGUGAGUCUGGGUGCUGCUGUCCUCACGGGGGCCCCAGCAGCAGCAGACACGCAGCGGGUAGGGGCCUCGGGAAGUGCUGCAGCACUGUACUGCUACUGUGUCUUUGUGGCAGACCAGGACAAACAUUUGUUGCAGCAGCAGCAGCAGCAGCAGCAGCAGAGGCCAGAUCUGCUUAGAGUGCAUUACAUUGAGUGCGCAAAGCUUGCCGCAGCAGAGGACAAAGUCCAGUGGCGCCAGCUGCAAAGGCCUGCUGCUGCAGUCGCAGCAGCAGAAACAGCAGCAGCAACAAAGGUCAAUAUAGCCGAUAAGUCGGCUGCAGCACCAUCAGAGGCAGCUGCACAGCCAUCAACGGACGGCGAUAAGACAGCAGCACCAGCAGUACCUGCUGCUGCUGCUGCUGCUGCUGCUGAUGGCCCGGUAAGGGAACCUGCGGGCCACAGCAGCAGCUCUUUAGCUAAAGAGGCAACAUCUGGGGAAGAGGAGUCGCGGCUAGCUGCUGCUGCUGCUGCUGCAGAAGCCUCUGGGCCGUCGAGGCCUGCAGCUGAGGCCGGAGCGCCAGCUGCUGCAGCAGAAGCUCCUGCCCCGCCAAAGUCUACAGCUGAUGCCGGAACAGCAGCAGCAGCUGCUGCUGCUGCUCCUGCUGACCCGGCAAUUAUUAUUGCCCUUCCUGGGCCUCCCGCAGCAGCAGCAGCAGCUGCAACGGGAGCAGCCACAUCACCAGCAGCUGCUGCAACAGCAGCAGACAGGGAGUCUGCAUCAAACGGGCUGCUGCAGCUGCUGCUGGGCGGAAGCAAGGGAGCCAAGAAUAAAGGCAAGAGCAGCAGCAGCGGCGGCAGCAACAACGAAGAUUUCGCUGCUGCUUCUGCCUCGAGCAGCAGAGGCCGAUCCCCUUCUGCAGCAUCAACUCCGUUAGCAGCUGAGAGGACAGGCAGCAGCCCCCGCCUUGCUGCUCCUGCUGCUGCUGCUGGUACUCCUGCUGCAGCUGGGACAGGCAAGGGCCGCAACAGCCCCAGAGGAGCAGCAGCUGCAGAAGGUUCUUGCGGCUCCCUGUCACCACGCGAGUCACCUGCUGCUGCUGCUGCUGCUGCAGCAGAUGCUCCGACUGAAAAGACAAAGUCGCCCGCAGCAGCAGCCGCAACAGAAGCGGCAACUGCAGCAGCAAAGUCCAAACAAGAUCUCGCACAGAAUCAAGGUCAGCCUGGGGGACGCAGGAGGGGGAAGCAGCAGCAGCAGCAGCAGCAGCAGCAGCAGCAGCAGCUUCCUGCUGGCUCGACGUCACCUUGUUUAGAACCUGCAGCGGACUCGCUACCGCAGCAGCAAUCCUCUGCGGGAGGUGCAAAGACAGCUUCUGGCAGUGGAGUUACCAAGCCUACAACAGACAAGAAAGGAUCGAAGCCAAGGGAGCCCUCAGCAGCAGCAGCAGCAGCAGCAGAUGGUGCCUCCGAUGCCUCAGGGCAACCGAGUGCAAGCAGCCCACUGACGUAUGGCGCUGUUGAGUCCUUGUUGUCCAAAGUCAUGGAAGACCUUCCCCAGAAAAUUUCAGCCAGCACCACAACAACCACCCGCUCCAACUUUUCCUUUGCAUGCGACAAGCAGCAGCAGCAGCAGCAGCGCCUGGCAUGUUUGAUCGCAGAGGAAGUGCAGCGGCUGUUUUCUGCCCAGCUUCAGGCGGCAAUGCCGGCUGGCCAAGAGGGUUCAUCUCUUGCUGCAAAAGCAGUGCAGCAGCAGCAAGACAUGCUGCAGCAGAUGCAGCAGCUACAGUAUCAGAUGUCUAGGGAGCUGGAUGAGCACCUGAAGCACCAGUUGAAGUCUAUAAGCAAGGCGUUUGAGGAGCAGCAACGGCAGCUACAGCAACAUGUGCAGCAGCAGCUGCAGCAGCAGAUGCUGCACCACCAACAACAAAUACAGCAACUUCAUCACCAGAUGCAGCAACAGCACCAGAUGCAGCAGCAAACUGUGCGGUUGCUGCAGCUGCUGCAGCAGCAGCAACAACAACAGCGGUCAUCUUCUACAGAGGAACAUGUGGGCGGGAAGAUGCUUGAGGCUUUUGAGAAAAUAUUGAAGACCCAAGAGGGAGUCAUGCUCAAGAGUCUGGACUCCACCGAAAAGUCCAUUGGGCGGCUGCGGCUGCAGCUUCGCGACAUGCAAGAGGACAUGAAGCAAAGCAGAGCAGUGCAGCAACAGCAGCAACAGCAACAGCAGCAGCAGCAACAGCAGCAACAGCAACAGCAGCAGUUUCUGUUAUCCCUGCAGCAGCAGCAGCAACAGCAACAGCAGCAGCAGCAGCAACAGCAGCAGCUGCUUCUGCAGCAGCAGCAGCAAUUGCUGUCUCAACUGGGCUCCGUAUCCAGUCAAAUUUCCAGCAUUUCCUCCUCAGGCCCAAGCUCCUUGCGCCCGGUUGAAAAGGCAGGAGCAGCAGCCGCCACCGCCGAUGGGGGCGUAUCUGGGCCACCUGCCGCUGCUGCUGUUGCUGCAGCAGCUGCAGCAGCUGCAGCAGCAGAGCGCGAGACCUCAGCUCAGUUCGCAGCAAGGCUGAAAUUGGCAAUAAGGGAGGACAGAAUAGAUGAGGCUUUCGGCCUGGCCAUUUCUGCGGAUUUGGAAAAAGACACGCAGGGCUUUUGGCUCAACUUUAUUUGUAAAGAUUUAAACCCUGACGAUCUGUUUGAAGCUGAGCCUCCACCACUGGGGCAGGCGGCACUUCUGGGUAUCGGGAAAGUUUUGUCGGAUUGUUUGGCUCAAGAAGUGGAAACGAAACAAUUGAGUGAAUUGCAGCAAAGGGCUCAGUGGCUGACUGUUGCCUUCACUCAGCUGGACGCUCCUUCUAAGCACAUUGCAGAAGAGGACUUUCUCGAGCUGCUGCACGAAUACAAAUCUCACUUAAGAAAGGCCCUAGCGGCCGUCCGCCUGCGGUUCAAGGGGGAAGCAGAAGUGCUGCAGGAAAGAAUCAACAUGUGUUUGAAGCAGCUGAAGAGGCUCACGCGCUCCAUGCAGCUCUCCAUUUCCCCAGAGAGGAGUUGA